CCUCCAUGAUUAAACCAUACAUGAAAUUAAAAUGAAAAGUGUUUAUUUGGUUUUCCUUUUCACACUUGAAGCGACGGCAUCAAAUGUGCAUGUUCUAACCAAUACGACAUUCGGACGCGUGAGAGGGCACAGUGUGCCAACCACAUAUGCAAAUAAAUCGUUGGAAGUUUACACAGGGAUUCCAUAUGCAGCCCCUCCAGUUGGAGACCUAAGGUGGAGCAAUCCUCAGCCUCCAAUAUCAUGGGCACCUGAUAUCCUGGAUACACUUGCCUUUAAGCCUGCAUGCCCCCAGGAUCUAGGUAGCGUGAGAGAUUGGAGUUUUGGACCAACCUGGAACAAUACAGAUGAAGACUGUCUCUACCUCAAUAUUUAUUCACCAAAGACCCAUGACCCCGCAGCACGGUACCCUGUGUUCCUCUGGAUUUAUGGUGGAAAUUUCUAUUAUGGAGCAGCGGAAGAAUAUGAUGGGCGUGUGCUGGCGGUGGAGAAAGAUAUCGUUGUUGUCACCCUGGGGUACAGAAUAGGAGUCUUAGGCUAUCUUUCGACUGAUGAUGCCGAGGCAAGAGGAAAUUACGGUCAGCUGGACCAGGUCCAAGCGUUAGAAUGGAUAAGAGAGAACAUAGGGAAUUUUAGAGGGGAUCCUAACCGAGUUACAGUCGGUGGAGAGAGCUCUGGAGGGGUGGCUACGACAUUGCAUUUAUUCUCUCCCUUGACCAAAGGACUGGUCCACGGUGUUAUUCCACAAAGUGGACAAGCAAACAGUUACUGGGGAAUUAAAAGACAACACGAAACUGCUCGCCCGUAUGCUUUUGAGCUUGGUCGACUGGUUGGAUGUCCCCAACAGUCCUCAAAAGCAUUGAUUACAUGCAUGCGUGGAAAACCAUAUUCCGAGCUUGUUCAAAGAGGGGAGAAUGAUGUGUCUAGUCCUUGGUUCACAUCGGCAUGGGCCCCGGUUAUCGAUGGCUACUAUAUCCUGGAAGAUCCCUUGGAGCUUAUUAGAAGAGGCGAGUUUUGGAAAAUCCCAAUGAUAACAGGGGCUAACAAGGAAGAUGGAUCUGAUGAAUUAGAUGACACUGGAGCGGAGAAUGGCUACACACGGUCAUACUUGUUAUCUCAGCUUUUUGAGUACAGCCGAAAAUGGGAAGAUCACCAAGGUUUUGUGUAUGAUGCAUUUACCCAAGAGUACCACCCAGACCCAUACAAUAAUGUAGAUAGACAUCGGGACAUCUAUAUAGAGUUCAAUACGGAUCACUCAUAUACAGCCCCAGCCAUAGAGCACUCCCUUGGCCACUGUAGACAAGUCAACAAUACAUAUUUCUAUAGCUUUGAACAUAGAUCAAUCAACUGUCCAGAGCCAGUGUGGAAAGGUGUUAUUCACGGUGCUGAGCUCGACUACAUGUUCGGCAUACCCUUUUUUAAGAAUGAAACGUGUCCAUGGGGGUGUCAUACAACACGCUGGGCUAAACAGACAUGGACAAAUCAAGAUAAAAAUUUUAGUCUUACGAUGAUGACACUCUGGGCAAACUUCAUAAAAACGGGAAACCCAAACACCCCAGAGGUUGUGCCAAAUUCACCAGUGUGGCCAGAAUUAUCAGUGGCAGAACAAAGAUACUUAACCAUCAACAGCGCCUCGUUCGAAGAUAGAUACCACCGGUACACAAAGAUGAAAUUUUGGAAUGAAUACGUGGACAGAUUAAACAAUAGAUUGUUCAAUAUUACGAGUAGAACUGUGUGUCCGACUCCAUCUACAGGGAAAGACUUUAGACAGCAAUUGAUACCAGUCUUAUUGUUUGUACUGAGCCUGUAUAUGCUACACAAUUUUCAAUUUAAUGUUUAUCCUUAAUUAAACAUUUAAAGGAGUAAUAAGAUUCCAUAAAUUAAGAUUUGACAUCGAAUAUGAAUAUUAUGGAAGAAAAUCUGCUACUUGUAAAACUUAUUAACCAACGUCAUUGAUCUUGUAUAUUACCCUUAGGGGCGUAGGAAGGUGUAAAUU